AUGCCACCAACAACAGUAUUGGAACCACUUGAUUUAAUUAGACUAUCAUUGGAUGAACAGGUUUAUAUUAAACUGAAGGGAGAUCGUGAAUUGCGAGGAACUUUACAUGCUUACGAUCAACAUUUAAAUAUGGUCCUCGGAAAUGUCGAAGAAACUAUACAUGAAAUUGACAUUGAUAAGGAAACAAACGAACAACAAAUGAAGAGUACUACUCGUAAAAUUGGAAUGCUAUUCUUGAGAGGAGAUGGUGUGAUAUUAGUUGUCAAUUCUGCUCUUCGUUCUCUUUAA